UUUUUUUUUUUUGCAUAAAGUACUCAUCAAUGCAUGAGACAAAAGGGUGGCCACAAUAUAUGAUUGGGGUUAAUAAUAUUGCCAUUGUCAUUGACUCCCACACAUCACACAAAAGAAAUUCUCAAACCCUUGUGUAUAGUUUUGUGAAUUUUUCUGUUUUUCUUCCAAGAAAAAAGGGGGGUGGAUUGAUCUUGAUAAUGGAUCUUGAGGGGGUGAUUGUGUAAUUACUGUAAGUUUUGGGGUGUGUGUUGAGAAAAUGGGGACAAUGGAGAGUGGAGUUGAGGAGAGGAUCUAUGUGUCGGUGAGGUUACGACCGUUGAACGGUAAGGAAAUUCUGAGGAACGAUGUUUCGGAUUGGGAAUGCAUCAAUAACGAGACGAUUAUUUACAAGAAUUCCGCUCUCUCUGCCUCGGAGAGAUCAAUGUACCCCACUUCGUAUACAUUUGAUAGAGUAUUCAGAAGUGGUUGCUCGACGAGAGAAGUGUACGAACAAGGAGCUAAGGAUGUUGCGAUUUCGGUUAUUAGUGGAAUCAAUUCAAGUGUUUUUGCAUACGGACAAACGAGCAGCGGAAAAACGUACACGAUGACUGGAAUUACUGAAUACGCGCUAGCUGACAUAUAUGGAUACAUACAGAAGCAUCAAGAACGAGAUUUCGUGUUGAAGUUCUCUGCUAUGGAGAUCUACAACGAAUCGGUGAGAGAUCUACUCAGUGUAGAUAACACUCCACUAAGACUUCUCGAUGAUCCCGAGAGAGGAACCAUAGUCGAGAAGCUGACAGAGGAAAUUUUGAGGGACUGGAGUCAUGUGAUCCAUCUCCUUUCUAUAUGUGAAGCUCAAAGACAAAUUGGAGAAACGUCGCUUAAUGAAAUGAGCUCGAGAUCUCACCAAAUUAUUAGAUUGACUAUUGAAAGCUGUUCUCGUGACUUUUUAGGAAGGGACAACGCGAGCACUCUUACAGCUGCUGUGAAUUUCGUUGAUCUGGCUGGAAGUGAACGAGCAUCUCAAUCGUUAUCAGCUGGCACAAGGUUAAAAGAAGGCUGCCAUAUUAACCGCAGUUUGCUUACACUUGGUACUAUUAUUCGUAAGCUGAGCAAGGGUAGAAGUGGACACAUUCCUUACAGAGAUUCGAAGUUAACUCGAAUUCUUCAGACAUCGUUGGGCGGAAAUGCAAGAACAGCCAUUAUAUGCACAAUGAGCCCUGCACGAACUCAUGUGGAGCAAUCGAGGAACACGCUUUUGUUUGCAUGCUGUGCGAAGGAAGUUACUACAAAUGCCCAAGUUAAUGUAGUUAUGUCGGAUAAAGCUCUCGUCAAGUAUUUGCAGAGAGAGCUCGAAAGAGUCGAGAACGAGCUCAGAAGUUCCCAAAUUACCACUUAUGCCCCUCCGACAAAUUAUUCCGCAGUUCUUAGAGAGAAAGAUCUUCGAAUCGAAAAGCUUGAGGAGGAGAUUAAUGAUCUUAUUCUGCAAAGAGAUAUUGCUCAAUCACAAGUCAAAGAUUUAUUACAAAUGAUCGGAGAUAAUGCCAGUCCCAGAACACCGGUUGGAUCUGAACACUACCCUCACUUACGAGUACAAAAAUCACCUGACAGUGAAACCACAAAACACGAGACACCAUCUAUUUCAGCAGAUCCUCAUUCCUCGGAUAUCGAAAACCGGACAUGUUCAGACAGACACAGCAGAACAAGUUCAGAAGAACAUUUCGCAAAAGUCCCGUAUUUUGACACUCACAAUAACACAUCAUCUCCGGGAAUCGUAACUUCUGACUUGAGCGAAAGCUACUCAUAUAACGGCUGGGAAGAAAUUGAAAAACAAAGCAACGGAACUUCUUCAGAGGAUCUCUGCCGAGAAGUUCGUUGCAUCGAAGCUGAAGAAGAAUCGAGCAGCAAUAACAAAGGCACUAUCGAAUCCAAUCACUUAAUUUCCGAGCAAAUUACGGAAGUGCCAUCAACUCCUUUACAAAAAGAUCAAGUCUUUACAUCAACUCCUUUAGAAAAAGAUCAAGUCUUUACAUCACCUCCUUUAGAAAAAGAUCGAGUCUUAAAAUCACCUCCUUUAGAAAAAGAUCGAGUCUUAAAAUCACCAACUUUAGAAAAAGAUCGAGUCUUUACAUCACCUCCUUCGGAACACGACACUAAUAUCAAGGAAGAGAUGGGACCCACGAAGGAAGAUCAAGAACCGAAACACGAAGAAGAGUCAUCGCCUCCUCUAUACAAGAAAGAGAGAGAAUUUAACCCGAUUCGUUUUCUUGAUAUUCCAUCUCUCGAGAAUCGAUCUUCGGCAAAUGGUGAACUCGAUCGUAAAAGUUCAUCCGUAACUAGAAGCUGGAAGUUGACUAGAAGCAGAAGCUGCAAAGCGAGUAUUAUUGCUGACUCAGCUUCUUCUUCUUCGUUUUUCAAAAUGUUGGAUUUCGGAGAUAAUACAUCGUCUUUUGGAUCGGAGAGGGAAUCAAUGGCUUUUGAACGGAAACUAUCUCCACUAAGCUUUAGUCCCAAUUAUGUGCAAAGUAAAGAUUCUGAUUCUUCACCUGGGAAUGCUCUUGAUAUCGAGAUCGACACCCCGAAUGUGAAAUUUGAAUCUGCCGAUGAUGAUGUCGUCAUCAGCAGUACUGCUGACAUCAGCGAAAAGGCCGAGCUUCCAGUUGAACACAUGUGUAUCAAGAAUCCAUCGAAGGAUAUUGAUCCAACGGCCGACGAUUCUCCGAAGAAGAAAGUAAAAAACAUUGGAUUGGAUCCGAUCGAAGAUGAAGUCAAAGAUCUUUCGAGCUGGGAUUUGGAGUUCAAAAGACUACAACGAGAAAUAAUCGAACUUUGGCAUGAUUGCAACGUAUCCCUUGUACAUAGAACUUACUUCUUCAUGCUUUUUCAAGGUGACCCGUCGGAUGCAAUAUAUCUACAAGUAGAAAUGAGGAGGGUGAAAUUCUUGAAGGACAAAUUUUCUCGAGGAGAUAAGACCGUUGUCAACGGUCGAUGUUUAACACUUGCUUCGAGUGCAAAAGCUCUUCGUGAGGAGAGAAGAAUGUUGAGCUAUAGGAUGAUGAAGAAGCUAUCGGAGCAAGAGAGAGAAAGCCUCUUCGUAAAGUGGGGCGUCGGUCUAAACACGAAGCUGAGGAGACUACAGCUGGCGCACCGUCUAUGGACGAAAACCGAAGAUAUGGAUCACAUUUCAGACAGUGCGUUUCUCGUCGCAAAAGUUGUUGGUUCGAUCGAACCCGGGAAGACUCAUAACAAAGAAAUGUUUGGCCUUAAUUUCACCCCUCGAAGAUCGACGAGAAGCUAUAGUACGUUGAAACAUAGCCUGAUUUCUCUCUUGUGAUUUCUUAAUUUGUUAAUCCUGCGUUUGGAUAGGUUGUUUAACUGUUCGUUUUAGCAAUCCAGUCGUGCUGGAUUACUGUGGAGGAUAGUAUGAAUAAAUCAGGCUAUAAGUGAUUGGUGUUGUAAAUUAGUAUAUAUAUAUAUAUAUGUGUGUGUGUGUGUGUGUGAUAUAUGUAACAUAUUUAGUAUAAAAAGACACUGAUGAAGUUAUAUUUGGUUGUAUACAUUUUUGUUUUCGACUAAUC